AUGGAACGCGAUAGACAGCAUAAAACGAAGAAGAGAAAGAUUUCGAAACCUCAGAAUGAGGACGAGCUAGUACCAUCGACAACUCCAUCCUUGUCGGAUCUUGUCGCUUCGAUCAAGAAGAAUACACAGGCACAGGCGCAGAAUGCGAGCUCUGGAAAGUCGAGUAGCACCAAGAAUGAAAGUGAUGGAGAUGUUAAGAAGAGAAAGAAGCAGUCGUCGGGGGAUAGCGAUGUCGAGGAAACUGGUACAGAGAAAGCUGGCGAGGAUGUAGUCCAGGGCGAAGGAGAGGAAGAAGAAGAAUCUAAAUCUUUUAAGGAGCUGGAAAUCAUUGACCAACUCUGCGAAACCCUCGAAAUUCUGAAAUUCCACAAACCCACCCCGAUUCAACAAGCUUCCAUCCCACUCGCCCUAGCGGGUAAAGAUCUUAUAGGUCUUGCUGAAACGGGCUCUGGAAAAACUGCGGCCUUUGCACUUCCUAUCCUUCAAGCUUUAUACCAUUCCCCCCAUUCCACACUCUUUGCCUGCAUCUUGGCUCCGACUCGUGAACUGGCAUUUCAGAUAUCGGAACAAACCGAAGCUAUUGGCGGUUCGCUUGGUGUCAAAACAUGUGUUAUAGUCGGAGGAAUGGAUAUGAUGCCGCAAGCUAUAGCGCUUUCGAAACGCCCACAUAUCAUUGUUGCUACCCCGGGUCGUCUUUUGGACCAUCUGGAAAAUACGAAGGGCUUCUCUUUACGUUCCAUAAAAUAUUUAGUUAUGGACGAAGCUGAUCGUCUCCUGGACCUCGAUUUCGGCCCUAUUAUCGAAAAGAUCCUUAAAGUUCUACCGCCGCAGCGAAAUACAUAUCUAUUUUCCGCCACCAUGACCGACAAAGUUGAGCGAUUGCAGCGGAUGUCCCUCACCAACCCCGUCAGAGUUGCUGUGUCUUCAAAAUACCAGACUGUCAAGUCGCUUCUGCAGUACUUCAUGCUCAUCCCUCAGAAGGACAAGGAUACAUAUCUAGUCUACCUCGUUGCCGAAAAGUUUGCUGGGAAGACGAUGAUAAUUUUCACGAGGACGAUUAUGGACACCCAAAGAAUUAGUGUCCUAUUACGGUUAUUAGGUUGCUCGGCAAUUCCACUCCAUGGACAACUAAGCCAAACCGGAAGACUGGGGGCGUUAAACAAGUUUAAAGCUGGAGCUAGGAAUAUUCUGGUUGCAACAGAUGUUGCUGCUAGAGGAUUAGAUAUUCCUACUGUGGAUUAUGUGAUUAAUUACGAUAUUGCGGGGGACUCUAAGACAUACAUCCAUAGAGUCGGCCGAACGGCGAGAGCUGGGAGAAGUGGUGUGUGUGUGAAUUUGGUCACUCAGUACGAUAUUGAAGAGUUCACAAGGAUUGAGAAGGCAUUGGGAAAGAAGCUAGACGCUUUGGAAGUUGAGAAGGGGGAGGUUAGCCUGCUGGCUGAAAGUGUGGGUGAGGCGCAGAGGCAAGCGAUUAAAGAGGUAAAAGAAUGGCAAGAGAAGAAGAAGGAGAAGGGAGCUGGGAGGAAGAUGAGAACGGGGAAGAGAGAUAACAUGGAUAAAGAAGAGGUCUAG